AUGCACAUCAUCAAGCCCUCGUGGCUGAGCCACAGCGGCGAGCAAAAGGACUUUGAGGUGUACAGCUGCCACGUCUCCCCCGAUGGCAAGCGCCUGGCCACGGCCGGCGGCGACGGCCAUGUGCGCAUCUGGUCCACCGAGUCCAUCUCCAGCGCCAACGACCCUUCCUACACCAAGCCGCGACAGCUCUGCCACAUGAGCCAUCACCUCGGCACCAUCCACUCCGUGCGCUUCUCCCCCAAUGGCCGCUACCUCGCCAGCGGCGCCGACGACAAGCUCAUCUGCGUCUACCACCUCGACAAGUCGGCCCCCGCCACCACUGCUGCCUUUGGCACCAACGAGCCGCCCCCCGUCGAGAAUUGGAAGACGUACAAGCGGCUGAUCGGCCACGAGAACGAUGUCCAAGACCUGGCCUGGUCCCCCGAUUCGUCGCUCCUCGUCUCCGUCGGCCUCGAUUCCAAAGUCGUCGUCUGGUCCGGCCACACUUUUGAGAAGCUCAAGUCGAUCCCCGCACACCAGAGCCACGUCAAAGGCAUCACAUUCGACCCGGCCAACAAGUUCUUUGCGACAGCAAGCGACGACCGCACCAUCAAGAUCUUUCGAUUCACCCCGCCCGCCCCCAACGCGACGCAACAUGACAUGGUAAACAACUUUGUCCUCGAGGCUACCAUCAGCUCGCCAUUCAAGAGCUCCCCGCUCACCACAUACUUUCGGCGAUGCUCUUGGUCGCCCGACGGGAACCACAUUGCUGCUGCUAACGCGGUCAACGGCCCUGUCAGCUCCGUCGCAAUAAUAGAGCGCACGCGGUGGGACAGCGAAAUCAACCUAAUCGGACACGAGGCACCCACCGAAGUCUGCAUGUUCUCUCCCCGACUCUUUCACACGGUUAAGCCGGAGCAGAACGGCGUGACUAAUGGCCACGGCGGCCAGCUUGUCACUGUCAUUGCUUCCGCCGGCCAGGACAAGACGCUAAGCAUAUGGAACACCAACACUUCUCGUCCCGUGGUCAUCCUGCAGGACUUGACGGGAAAGUCUAUAGUCGACCUCGCGUGGACGCCGGACGGCCAGUCCUUAUACGCCUGCAGCCUGGACGGAGGCAUCGUGGCCGUCAAGUUUGACGAAGGUGAGCUCGGCUGGGUAGCGCAGACAGAGGAAAACGUCAAGGCGCUGCAAAAGUACGGCGCCUCGAGAAAGGGCAUGGGAAUCGCCGAGGACGUCGAUGGCCUGAUGCUCGAGUCACACAGCAAGGCCGGUGAAUCGAGAGCGGUCGAGUCGAGGAUGGGCGCGUUAAUGGGAGACUUCCAGUCUGACACCAAAGAAUCGACCCCCGCGACGAACGGCAAUAAAUCGGGCACCUCCUCUGCCAAACCCGCACCGGCGGCCAACGGCGACGGCGACACGGAAAAGCCAGCGGAGGAAGGCGCGGACAAGACUGCAGAACGCGUCAAGGAGCUCAAGUCGCGGGUCACGGUUGGCAAGGACGGCAAGAAGAGAGUUGCCCCGCUGCUUGUCUCGUCUUCAGGCACGGGCGAGUCAUCAUUACCACAGACGCAGCUGGUGGGCUCCACGACUCACAAGGCGGCACAAAACGACGCGCCACAAACGGUUCUCGACAUGACAAAGCCGUUUGACGGGCUGCCCACGGGUGGCAUCACGUCCAUGCUGCUCGGUAACAAGCGGAAGGCCGCCGUAGGCGACGGCGAGGAAGAGGAAGAGGUGACGUCCAAGCGUGCGGCGACGGGACCGACGCCCAUCGUCACCGACGGCCCCAAUGGUGUCGAGCCCGCGGCGCUCACGUCUAUCCGGAACGGAGUCGUUCCGACGCCAGAGUUCCUGCGUCCGGCUGUUCUGAAUCCAGCCAUAUCCUUUGCUCAAGUCCGACUGGCCGUUCCCAAAAUCAGAUCCCACAUCCUUCGACCCCUUGAUCGUGGCGUCCUGCAACCCGACACGUCCCUAGACGAUGCAUCGAAGAGUCCCGAAAACAUCAUCAUGGAGGCCAAGAACGACCCCAGCCCCCGAGAUCCGUCACACGUUCUCGUCACGAAACGGGGCGCGCUGGUGUGGCAGGAGUGGCUGCCGAGGGCCAUCAUCCUGGUAACCGCCAACAAGAACUUCUGGGCCGUGGCUUGCGAGGACGGAUCGAUACACGUAUGGAGUCCCGCCGGACGACGACUACUCAACCCCAUCAUUCUCGAGUCGCAACCCGUCAUUCUAGAAUGUCGCAAGCACUGGCUGCUCUGCAUCACCGCCGUUGGCCUGGCACACGUCUGGGACCUCAAGACGCAGUCUGCGCCCAGCCCGCCAGUAUCUCUAGGCCCCAUCCUCGACAUUGCAUCGACAUCUCUAAACCAACAUAGCGCCACGCAAGGCCCUGGAGUGACUUCGGCUCACCUCAACUCGACAGGCCACAUUAUCGUUACGCUGACCAACGGCGACGGUUUCUACUACGCCAGGGAGAUGUACACCUGGCAGCGUCUGAGUGAGGCCUGGUGGGCUGUGGGCUCGCAAUACUGGAACUCGAACGACUCGUCAAUCUCGGCACUCCAGUCAACUGCCGUUGGUCCUGCUGAAGGCAAGGCCAAGGAAGCAGACGUCGCGACGGUGUCGUCUGGGAUCAUUCCGUUCCUGGAGCGACACACGACCAACGAGUUCCUGCUCAAGGGACGGGCUUACGCUCUUCAGCGCAUCAUCAAGACGGUCAUCCAGCGGAAGGAGGCGGAGGAGCUCGAAAGCACCAUCAGCAUCGCGCACCUGGAGAACCGCGUUGCCGGCGCGAUGCAGCUGGGGGCAAAGGAAGAGUUCCGGCUGUACCUGUACAUGUACGCCAAACGACUCGGAGCAGAGGGUACGCGAACCAAGGUGGAGGAGCUGCUCAACAGCCUAAUGGGAGGCAUCCUCCAAGACAAGGCGGACGACAAGGAGCAGGGGCGAGGCUGGUACAGCAAGGGCGACGAGAUUUGCGGCUGGGACCGCAAAGAGUUGCUCAAGGGGGUGGUUCUGAUUCUCGGCAAAUUCCGCGAGCUGCAGCGAUUGACUUCGCAGUACGCAAGGGUGCUGGAACUUGACCUAGAGGACGGCACCGUCGACGUCGACUCCAUGGACGUCGAAGCGUAA